CCACAUAUUUCACAUACAGGUCUGCUGCAUGCAUAUGGGAAACUUGUAGCUGCUGUUGUGUUGUGGUCUCCAAUAUUGAACGCUCACAGCUGCCCUGUGCCACCUCCUCCCUUCACUACAUACGCUGCUGGUCAGGGUUCCAGGAGUAUGAUGCCCAGAUAAAAUCUCUUGUACAAGAAAAUGAAUAUUUUUCUCAAUGACCCACCAAGGAUGGUGAAGGACAGAAGACAUAUGGCUGAGAUGAUAUUAAAUGUCACUCUAGAGAUCAUCUACCUGCUAAGUGGAGAGGAUUAUACACUAACAAGGAAGAUAUAUGAUGAGGUGGAAUGCAGCAGGAACCAGGCUUCAAUCAUGGUGUCACCCCCUCACUCACUGAGUGUUGAUAGAAGCAAUGAACAGAAGAUCCUAGGACUUGCCAACAAGAUCAUUAAUUUGGUGACUGGAGAGGUUCCUAUAAGGUGCCAGGAUGUCACUGUUUAUUUCUCCACGGAGGAGUGGGAGUAUUUAGAAGAACACAAGGAUCUGUAUGAGGACAUUUUAAUGGAGAACCACCAGUCCUUCACAUCAUCAGAUGAAUGCAGCAUGAUGAACGUACCAGAGGGAUUCUUCUAUCCUCUUAAUACAGAGGAAAAUGCCAGAAUGCUACAGGAUUAUCAGGCUGAAUAUCUGCCUUAUAUUGAGGAAGAAGCUUUACCUGUACAGGGAGAAAAAGAGAUGUAUGUGGGGAUCCACCAGCAAUUUAAGGAAGAGGAAAUGUCAACCGAUAACAGCACAGAUGACUUCACUAGAAACUUGGAGGGACACAUUUUAUCCCUGGAUUAUGAAUUAAAGUAUAACAAUAUCACAGAUGAUAAUUAUGAAGAACACACUAUGACUUCGAGGUCAACUUCAGUCCUUCACAGCAGAGCUCUCUCUACUGAUUCCAGUAAUAAUUCAUCUGAGCAAAUUCAGAAUUAUACAAAAGAUCACUGCCUUUUCAUAGCAUAAUGGAGUGUGUGACAACACAGAAGUGGCUUAGGGACAAUUCUAUAAAUGUCCUUCAGUGGCCUAGCCAUAGCCCUGACUUCAACCCAAGUGAACAUCUUUAGAGAAACCUGAACAUGGUUGUCCACCAACAGUCCCCAUACAUCCUGACCGAGCUUGAGAGGAUCUGCAGAGAACAAUGACAGAAAAUCCAGGUGUGCAAACCUUGUGGCAUCAUACCCAAGAAUACUGGAGGGUGUAAUCUGUGCCAAAGGUGUGUCAACUGCUGUGUAGAGUAGAGGGUCUGAACACUUAUGUUAAUAUAAUAUUUUAGUUUUUCCUUUUCAAUGAAGCAGCAAAGAUUUUGAACAUUUUGUUUUCACUUUGUCAUUAUGGGUUAUUGAGUGCCGAAUGAUGGGGAAAACUUGUAUUGGGUUUAUUUUAGCCACGAGGCUGCAACAUAACAAAGUGUGAAAAAAAAAUGAAAAGGUGUGAAGACUUUCUGAAUACAUUGUAUACUGCACAGUCCAUGGUGUGAAAAUACCUGUAUUUUACAUCCCCUUCCCACAAGGAAAUAUACCUCAAACUAGUGCUAGCAAAAAGUACAAUUCAUCUUACAAAAAAGGAACCCUCAUCUAGCUUUGAUGGAAAAAUAAGAAAGUUUCAGCUCUUGAAAUGCAUGAAAUAAAUUGCUUGGUCUUAAAGACCCAAAUUAGGGUGGUUCUAAAGGACUUAAAGGGGCAUUUUGAUGUGAUCAUAAAAUUGUUUGGAGAGGGCAAAAAUAAAAAACUUUAAGUACUCGCCAGUCCCUCACCAUUGCUGUUGCUCUGAUCUCUGCUUCCCCCCACCAAAUGCCUUGGUCUACCUGCUCAGCCAAUCACUAGCUACAGUGGGGACACGCCUCAAUCAGUGACUGGAUUAGUCAGCAGUCCACGCUGUUUCCACAACAUUGACACAGAGACGAGGAAGUGGAGAGUAGCAGCCAAACAGCAGCAGCGUGGUAUUGGUAAGGUGAGCUCUCAAGGGUUUAUUUUUUCUCUCUGAUCCCAGUGUUAUUUAAAAUGAUCACAUCAGAGUAAUCUCAUCCCAGUAUCACAAAACAGACACAUCAGAGUCAUAAAGACAAAUGAAUUAAUUAAUGUAGCUGAAAAGCCAAACCCACAAGGAGUGCCACCACACAUGUUUAACAUACAGUGCUUUGUGCAGGGGAGAAUGAAGAUUACUUUUUUUAGCAUCAAAUUUUAGUUUGUAAAAUACUUCCUAUAUUUCAAACUGAUAGUUAACAUCUAUUUCUGCCAAACCUGAGUAUAGCCUCCAUAUAACUUCAAAGGACAUGUCAGGGCAAAUUGUGUUCUGACUGGAUGCAUAUCUGUUAAUGUUUAAAUGAUGUUCCAUUUGAAAUAAAGGAACCCGAGCUUGACUUUUCUUACUAUUGCCUUCUGGCACCACUAGUGUGGUGCAUACGUAGUAGCACUUUUGUGCUAUCUUAGGGUAUUAAACCAAUACAAGGGCAAGUAAUAUUCACUCUUUACAAAGCCAUAUAGGCUAGAUUCAGUAGCCCAAAGAAAACAAUUUCCCAGUAACUGUAGGUUGGCAUUAGUUCAGCCUCGUCAUUUACAAGUAGUGUAUUUACAGUAUUUACAAAGUGUUCCAAAUGUAUAAAAAGCAACCUACUGUAAUAUGAGUGGCACUGGCUAGAACCAUCUUACCAGUGCCACCUAUUAGAAGUGGCCACUUAUGAGUUAACAUCUGACUUUCCAACAAGCCUUGGGAUUUGACAAGGGAAUAUAGCCAAGCCAGAUAUUGACUCAUAGGGAGCCACUUCCAAUAGGUGGUGCUGAUGAGAUGGUUCUCAUUCUUGGGAGAUACCUCUUUGUAAAUGUCUAUUCCAUUUCUAUUGUUAUGUAUUAUUAUAUUGUUUUAUACUUUAACCCUUUUAGGACCAGGCCAUUUUAACUUUUUUACUCCUGGC